AUGAACACACCGGAUGAUCCGGUGAUACACAGCCCUCCGUCUUUACGUGGUACCGCGCCAUCUGCUUUAUUGACAGCUUCGCCCGGCAUAGCAUUAGGUUCUUUAGCGGGCAGACAACAGAACGUUUCCGUAAGUGUACCGUCGAUCGCAGGAGCCCUUCAGGCUACUGCUGCAGGUGUAUUACCAACCAGCGGAAUGAAUAUGAUGGAUGAAUUGGGCUUGGGUGGGAGUGGUGUCCGAGCUGGCGUUUCAGCUAAUGGAUGCGAUUCACCGAUGAGUGAUGCAGCCGCUGAGGAGGCACGUCGCCGUCAAAAGACAUGUCGCGUAUGUGGUGACCACGCAACAGGAUAUAAUUUUAAUGUGAUCACCUGUGAAUCGUGUAAAGCGUUCUUCAGAAGAAAUGCGCUCAGACCAAAGGAAUUCAAAUGUCCGUAUUCGGACGAUUGCGACAUCAAUUCCGUGAGUCGCCGAUUUUGCCAGAAAUGUCGUCUUCGGAAAUGUUUCACGGUGGGCAUGAAAAAGGAAUGGAUAUUAAAUGAAGAGCAAUUGAGAAGGCGGAAGAAUUCGAGAUUGAAUCAUAUGAAUUCUCAGAGUAAUAUGCCAUGUAACAGCGCAUCCUUUAAUACAAAGCCAUCGUCUCUCAACAGUCUAACUACCUCCAGUCCUGUCGGCGUUACCGUUCCUACCACACCUGGUCAGUAUUGCGCGGGCUUAGGAACUGCACAUUUAUUGAAUCGACGCCUAACCGAGCAACCGAUGGUGAGCCCGACGAGCGUCAGUUCGAUGCUAAGCCCUACGGGAUCGACAGUUUCACCGUCGGUGCUAUCCUCAUCCUCUGCAGAUUCACCGCCCACCCGUGGCGCUAUUCUCGGUCUACCUCAAAUUGACACUAACUCUGAUGCGCCCUUUGUCUCUACCAUGCUGAAACCAAGUGAUUUACGAUUACAGUAUGAAUCGAAUAUGAUGCGUUUGCAACGUCAACAAGCAGCUGCCGCUAAUGCAGCAUUCGCGAGUUUGCGGCGUAACAGCUGUGCACCUGGACUGUCACCUGGGGCUGCCGCCUCGACUGCAGUCUCACCUUUGACUCGCUCCUCGGAUCAGUUCAUGAUUAAAGGUGCUCCACCAUAUGAAAGCACAUCAUUAGCACAUCCAGAUUCCAUUGGUCUUACCUUAGCUACUGCACUUAUAAAAUGCGAAUCGUACAUUGAAUUAACAUUGAAAGUUUUGGAUAUCAGUGGAUUGUUGAUAUUGGCAGGUGAGCCACACGUGACGAUGUCAGUUGAAGAGUAUCAAGCGCUCCUGAAGGCAGCCAAAGCAGGCAGUGCAAUGUUACCAAAUGGAAACACGUCAUUGUCACCGACUCUGGACGAUAUUAAACGUAAUGUCUAUUCACCAUCUGAACACGAUUCUCUUCUGAACAUCGGCAACAGUCACGGCAUCAUCCGUCCUACACUCAUACAAGGAGCUCCAAUCGCCGACUACACUGAGCUAAGUGUUGCGGCAGCAAAUAUGCCUCGACCAAGUUUCAAAAUGACGCCAGAUAUGGAAAAGAAAGUGAAAUACAUACACGAUACAAUUCACGAUGAACUCAAUCUCGAGUCUCCUAAAACCACUUCUGAACCUGAAGCGUUGAAGGCGGCCAUCUAUCGAGAAGGUGAAUCAAAGCUGAACUAUCAGUUGAAUUCAGCUGAACUUCGCGCUCUUGAUAUCGUGCGUGAUGCGUUUGCAUGCAUGAAUGAACCAAUCGAAGACCCACGUAAAGCGGCGUGUCUAAAGAAGUCGGAUCAUAAUCCAACUGACAUUCUGAAUAUAAUGGAUAUAACGAUGCGGCGUCUUGUGAAAAUGGCUAAAAAGUUGCCAUCAUUUAAUGAUCUUUCGCAAGAUGGCAAAUUUGCGCUGCUGAAAGGUGGUAUGGUUGAGAUGCUGACAAUGCGGGGUGUCACUCGCUUUGAUAUGGAUCAGAAGUGCUGGCGAACGCCGGUUGUUGCAGAUCAUUAUCACGUAUCUUUGGGUAUGUUCGAUCAGCUCAAAGAAGGUCUUCGCGAUCAGCAAAAAGAUGGAUUCCUCAAAUUUUGUCAGUCAUUACAUCCCGAUGUACGAACGAAUGAAUUGGUGAUUGAUCUGAUCGUGUUGAUUGUACUGUUCGAUUCCAAUCGUGAAGCACUCACUGAUCCUGCCGAUAAGACAACUGUUGCACGUCAUUGUCAGGAAUAUCAAGCAUUACUUCAUCGAUAUCUGGAAUCAAUGUAUGGCUAUGAGGCUAGAUCACGAUACGAGACAUUACCAGAAUCAUUGCGAAUCCUACGAGUGGUCAGUCAGAAUGCUGUGACGUUGUUCUUGGGUCGUGUCGAUCCCAACGAAUCCGAAGCAUUGCCAAAAGAAUUCUUCAAAACAACUGAAUGA